ACGGGGGUAACACAAUCUCAAUUUGCAGUAUCCUCAAAACGCUCAAAAUGGCCAAAUUCAUCAUUGUUCUGUGCGCCUUCAUCGCCUGCGCCGCCGCCAAGCCACAGCUACUCGCUCCAGUCGCCGCGCCGUUGGCCGCCGCACCUGUCGUUGCCGCAGUGCCAGCCGCUUACGCAGCGGCUCCCAUCGCCUACGCCAACGCGCACUUAGAUGCGGCCUACGCCAGCAGCUCGAUCGAUGUGAGACAGAACUACGGCGCCGCUGUAGUGCCUGCCGUGUACUCCGCCGCAGUUGCGCCAGUUGCUCCUCAACAGUCGCAGACAAGCAAAUCCAAACACUUCAAUAUGUUCAAAUACGCCGUUGUUCUCUUCGCUCUCAUUGCCUGCGCCGCCGCUAAACCCGGUCUCCUUGCUGCCGCUCCAUUGGCUUACGCUGCUCCCGCCGCCGUCGUUGCUGCUCCAGCCCCAGUGGUGACUGCCACCAGCAGCCAAGUGAUCGCUCGCAACUACAAUGGCAUCGCUGCUGCUCCAAUUGUUGCCGCCGCUCCCGUAGCCGCCCCUGUGGUUGCCCGCUAUGCCGCUGCUGCCCCUCUUGCCGCUCCAUUGGUUGGUGCACACUACGCCGCUGCUCCUUUGGCUGCCCAUUAUGCUGCACCCCAACUUCUGUGGUGA